UCCACAACAACACCAACUUACCAUAUGAUCAGCUGCUGUGGCUCUGCUGGUCGCCUGCUGCCCUCCUCCUCCUCCUGUCGUUUCCGCCGCCGUUGAAGGGGGAGAGAGAGGGGAGAGAGAGGAAGCGGGGAGAAGGGGAGAGAGACGAAGAGAGACGAAGGGAGAGAGAGGAAGCGGGGAGAAGGGAGAGAGAGGAAGAGAGACGAGGAGGAGGACGCCCUUCCUUUCCUUCCGCCGACAUGGAGCUGGACAAGUGGCCCAUCUUCAGCCUCCUGAAGCCGGAGUUCAUUGAGAAGAUGAGGAUGGCCUGUGUCUUCGGCAGCCUAGGUAAUGAAGCCGUUAUAGUAACCAAAGACGAUGAUGUUUAUGCCCUGGGGUUCAAUGGCUCAGGAUGCCUUGGGGUUGGAGAUCAGAACAGCACCAUGGAACCCCGGAAGAUAGAACCUCUCUGCCAGAAAAAAGUCAAAGGAGUAGCAUAUGGCAGUGGACCACAUGUUCUAGCAUACACAGAGAGUGGAGAGCUCUACUCAUGGGGCCACAACGGCUAUUGCCAGCUGGGCAAUGGCUCCACCAAUCAGGGGCUUACACCGUACCUCGUUACAACACACCUUCACAAUAAGAGGGUCACGCGAAUUGCUGCCGGGUCACACCACUCACUUGCUCUCACAGAGGAGGGAGAGGUACUAGCCUGGGGUCAGAAUAACUGUGGCCAGGUUGGCUCUGGCACGACAACAAACCAGCCCACACCAAGGAAAGUGAUAGCAAGCAUAGGAGGCAGAAGGGUCGUGGACAUUGCUUGCGGACAGACCUCCUCUAUGGCUGUAAUGGACAACGGGGAGGUUUAUGGAUGGGGUCUGAACAGCAAUGGACAGUUAGGUCUUGGCAACAACGUGAACCAACACAAUCCUUGCAGAGUCACUGCCCUACAGGGAGUAGUCAUCACAAAGGUUUGA